CUCAAUCCCUAUUUCCUCCACUUUUUGACCACUUGAGUUCCUUCCAUAGCUGAAGAUCCAUCCUUUGUUUUUUUUCCCAUUAGUUUUCCUGAGUUCACCGUAUAUAUUUAUAUAUAGGUUCUUCAUCUCACUGUUCUACGGCUGCCUAAGAUAUUCAGUGGAGUUCUUGAGGCUGCUUGAAAGAGAGAAAAAGAAAAGGAGGCUACUUUAUCUAGGAAGUCUGAGCCAGGGUUUCGAAUGAAACACACGGGUGGAGACAAGUCAAGAGGAUUCAAGAUCGGUAAACGGAUAGUCCGGAUUUCGAGAUGGUUCACGCGUAAAUCUCGAAACCCAUAUGGGUACCAUCGCCUGACGCAAGCGGGAUCGUUUCGCAAGUCUGAGACUUUAUCCAAGUUCUUCAGUUGGGGUCGCCGCUUGAAAAACGGAGCCAAAUCCAUUUCCUCCGCCCAAACCGGCUCCGGUUACAUUCCCAUCGGCGAAGACCCCAUCAAGGAAAAUUCGACUGCAGUUCCAAAAGGACACUUGGCUGUCUACGUCGGCCAAAACAAUGGUGACUUUCAUAGAGUGUUGGUGCCAGUCAUUUACUUUAACCAUCCUUUGUUCGGCGAACUCUUGAGAGAAGCCGAAAAGGAGUAUGGCUUUAGUCACCCAGGUGGAAUCACCCUUCCCUGUGGAUUCUCGGAGUUUGAGAGGGUCCAGACCCGGAUCGCUGCGGGAACUGGUGGAAGGAAAGCGGCUUGGAAGCGCCACCAUUAACUGGUUGCUGCUAGAAAGUUGAUGACGACG